CUUUUUUAGUGUUGCUGUCAAGACACUGAUAGCCGGGCGGUCAUUAAAUGUCUGCACAGUAGCUAAUUGUUGAACAUAAACCGUCGUUACUUGUAAAACAAGUAGAGGAUUGGCAGAUAUUACCAUAGACAGUCAUGUCCUACUGCAAGCAAGAGGGUAAAGAUCGCAUUAUUUUCGUUACCAAGGAAGACCAUGAAGCGCCCAGCAACGCUGAGCUCAUUGCAGAUGACCCCAAUGACCCCUACGAAGAUCAGGGCCUGAUCCUGCCCAGUGGGGAGAUCAACUGGAACUGUCCAUGCCUGGGAGGGAUGGCUAGCGGGCCCUGUGGGACACAGUUCAAGGAGGCCUUCUCCUGCUUCCACUACAGCAAUGAAGAGGUGAAGGGUUCAGAGUGUAUCGACAACUUCCGUACUAUGCAGGAGUGUAUGCAGAAGUACCCCGAGCUCUACCCCCAGGAGGAUGAGAACGAGGGAGCUGACGCUGCUGCCCCUCCCCUCGUUGAUUCUACUGCCCCUGUGCCCACCGAGGACUCUUCCCCAGCCUCAGUGCCCUCUAGUAACUCUACCCCGUCCCCACCAACACCUGAAUCUGCCCCGUCAUCCGACAAUACACCACCCACAGACAGCCAGGCUGCCAGCUAAAAUCACCCAGCAUCCCCCAGUCUCUCUUAAACCACUGCUGAGCACAGGCCACUUUCAUGGGAGAUCAGCUGUGUGUUCACUUGUGCCUCAGACUUUAUCUCUUGGUUCAACGUUCAUCACAAAGGAUAAUGACUUUAAAGGGGGCCUAGUACUGCAGAGGAGUUAUGUCUCUUCCAGGGAAUAUCAGUUAAUGCUGUGAGAGGAGGACAAUACAAAAUACAUUUCAUAGGAUUUAUUGUAGUGGUUGUUGAGCUCCUGAGGUUCCUACAGUGCCAAGUUUGUAGAGAGGGGGGGGGGGUUGUUUUCUGCAGGGGACUUUAGUUAAGACUCGCAACCAACAUAUUUUGCUGCUUAUCAAGCUUCAAAUCAGAUGUGUUGUGCCAUUCUACGUUAAUGCUACACUGGAGGUGUGUAACCUACUGUUAAUGUUACUGUUACUGGUCGUUUGUGAUUACUUGACUUCAUGUUUGUGCUUGACGGAUCAUAGUAAGCAAUUGAGCUCGUAUUAAAGCUUGAUUACUCUUGUUCUCAGUUGCUGGUCGAAGAUCAUGUGACAUGUCUGUUUUUCCCACUUAAGUUCUGUCAAAAGUCCUGAACGUCGCUGGUGGCAGGAAGUUUUUCCACCAACCUGUAUUUUUCAGUUAAAUCUGAGUUUUAGCACAGCUUACAUUGCCUUACUAUUAUGUAAUAGAUUUUUCCCCCAAAUGACCGCCCUAAGAAAGUGGAAAUCCAUUGUGUAUAUGCAAUAAUUUCCUCCAAGGAGAGAAUGAAACACUGCGAGCCAACUGGGGUUUUGUUAUGUGGUGCAUAAUGCAGUUUCCAUGGAAGAUGGAGAUGUGUUUAAUGCAUACAUUUACGCAAAUCACAAUGACAUUAAUACAUGAUUUAUGUGAAAAUCUGAGAUGCAGUGUGUGUGUAAAUCUCAGGAUUUGGGCCUUUUGAGAUACUUUUGGUCAUGUAGUGUAUGUGGACACCGCAUAAAACAUCUUAUUCCAAAAUCAUGGGCAAAGGUGUUCAAUAGGGUUGUGGUCAGGGCUCUGUGCAGGCCAGUCAAGUUCUUCCACACCAAGCUCGACAAACCAUUUCUGCAUGGAACUCGCUUUGUGGGGCGGCAGGUAGCCUAGUGGUUAGAGCGUUGGACUAGUAACCGAAAGGUUUCAUGAUCGAAUCCCUGAGCUGACAAGGUAAAAAUCUGUCGUUCUGCCCCUGAACAAGGCACUUAACCCACUGGAGUAAAAGGCAUUGAAAAUAAGAAUUUGUUCAUAACUGACUUGCCUAGUUAAAUUAAAUGUAAAAGGAAACAAAAUAGUGCAUUGUCAUGCUGAAACAGGAAAGCACUUCCCCAAACUGUUACCACAAUGUUGGAAACAGAAUCGUCCAGAAUGUCAUUAUAUGGUGUUGCGUUAAGAUUUCUCUUCACUGGAACUAAGGGGCCUAGCACGAAUUGUGAAAAAUAGCCUCAGACCAUUAUUCCUCCUCCACCAAACUUUACAGUGCUAUGCAUUGGGGCAGGUAGCGAUCUCCUGGCAUCUGCCAAACCCAGAUUUGUCCGUCAGACUGCCAAAAGGUGAAGUGUGACUCAUCACUACAGAGAAUGCGUUUCCACUGCUCCAGAGUCCAAUGGCGGCAAGCUUUACACCACUCAAGCUGAUUCUUAGCAUAGUACAUGGUGAUUUUAGGCUUGUGUGCGGCUGCUUGGCCAUGGAAACCUAUUUCAUGAAGCUCCCGACGAACAGUUAUUUUGCUGACGUUGCUUCCAGAGGCAGUUUGGAACUCGGUAGUGAGUGUUACAACCGAGGAUGGAUUACUUGGCGUUCCCGUUCUGUGAGCUUGUGUGGCCUACCACUUCAUGGCUGAGCCAUUGUUGCUCCUAGAUGUUUCCACUUCACAAUAACAGCACUUACAGUUGACCGGGACAGCUGUAGCAGGGUAGAAAUUUGACGAGCUGACUUGUUGGAAAGGUGGCAUCCUAUGACGGUGCCACAUUGAAAGUCACUGAGCUCUUCAGUAAGGCCAUUCUACUGCCAAUGUUUGUCUAUGGAGAUUGCAUGGCUGUGUGCUCAAUUUUAUACACCUGUCAGCAAAGGGUAUGACUGAAAUGGCAUAAUCCGCUAACUUGAAUGGGUGUACGCAUACUUUUGUGUAUAUAGUGUAUGACUUUUCUAGUUAGAGGGUCCUGAAAGGCCAAAUAUGUUUGGUGCUGGCUGCUUUUAUCAACAACUCCUGUUCUUAUGAAGAAAGGCUGGUGAGUAUAUACAGUAGCAUCUAGACAGGUGCUAGGCAAUCAUUGUAUAAAAACGAUUUAGUCAAUGAUGAAAUUGUGCAAAGCUUGAGUAUCCAUCCACAGUGAAGAAGGCACUUCCUUCACCUGCUUUUAAAACAUGUAAUUUAAACCUUAAUGGACUGCUACUCCUAUUUAACCUCUCCCGAUUAAAGUUCAUACUGAA